AUGCUAUUUAGUUGUAUACCAAUCAAUAGAACUGUAUUCCAUGCUAUUUCUUCCACUACCAAGAGAAAUGGCUUGAUAUAUUCAAGGCGUUUUAUUUCUAAUACUAAACAGUUAAUGAAUAAUGCAGCCAAAACUGAAGAAAAUAGAACGCAGCAAUUGGAUCCACGUCAUUUAGGUAUUGCUCAAGAGGUGUAUAUUCCAACACAAUGGUCUAAUAUGCCAAGCAUUUUUCUACACCCAAUUGUAUAUGCAAAAAGUAUAGUUAGAAGAAUUUACACCUUAGGUAUGAAUACUAUCCAAGUUGCCCUAUUUAGAUACCAAUCUGGCCUCAAACCAAACUUUGUUUUAUGGAAGAAUUCUGCUAUUGAAACAUAUAUUAAUGUUAAUAAAGCAUUUGCUAAAAAAGACAUAAUGUCGAUUAAACCAUCUGUAUCCAUUUGGGUUGAAGAAACUUUAAAGGAACGAGCCAAACAACUACCUAAAAAUGCUGUUUUGGAUUGGGAAUUAAAAAAAUUUAAUGAAGUUCCUAAAUUAAUUACUGUUCAGGCAUUGAUGAUUCCGGGCAGACCAUUAGAGUACUUGCAAAUUGUCUAUAAAUUUAACACCAAGCAGAGACUGAUCAAAUUUAAUAAGGAAAGCGGUAAAACUGAUACUCUAGAUAGAGACGUUAUUGAUUAUACUGGGUUUUUAAUUGAUGCAAACACCAAUGAUGUUAUUUUAUUGGGCACCGUAUUUGAGAGUAAACCUGACGCAAAACUGCCACAAAAUAAUGAUAAUGUUAAUAUAGCUAUAAAGAACAUGAAAAUUAACGGUGACAUUUACAGAUUACCACAACCCAUUGGAACAAUGGAUAGUAAGAAAAAAUAA